AUGAAUUUCAUGUCCUUUAAGAUCCCAGAUGGUAUUGGCAGCUUGGUCAAUCUCUCAACUCUGUCUAUGAGUAGGAACAAUUUCUCCGGUGGAAUUCCAUCGUCAAUUCAAAAUCUAACAAAUCUCGAAACCCUUGAGCUUGAGAAUAACAGUGGCUUGUCAGGUGAGAUUCCCACAUGGCUGUUCCGUCUUCAGAAGCUGAGGAAACUGCGGCUCGGAGGAAACAAACUCCAAUGGAACAAUAAUGGUUCUAUCUUUCCACAGUCUAAGUUAACACAUCUGUCACUUAGUUCUUGUGGCUUAGAAGGGAAAAUUCCGGAUUGGCUCAAGAAUCAAACAGAUCUUUCUUUCUUGGAUUUGAGCUUGAAUAGACUCGAAGGAAGCUUCCCCAAAUGGCUGGCUGAUCUGAAAAUGGGAAAUAUAAUCUUGUCAGACAACAGACUCUCAGGUUCACUGCCUCCUAGUUUGUUUCAGUCUCUGAGGUUAUUCGUUCUUGCGCUAUCAAGAAACAACUUCUCUGGUCAUAUCCCUAACACCGUUGGAGAAACAUCACUUAUGAUACUGAAGCUGUCUGAAAACAACUUCUCAGGAUCAGUACCAAAGUCUAUAGCAAAUAUUUACAGGCUGCUGUGGCUGGACUUGUCAAAGAACAAGUUAUCAGGCGAAUUCCCAAGAUUCAUUGCUUGCAUUGCUCGACAUAUCUUCGAACGAGUUCUCUGGAGAUGUUCCAGCUUCUUUCGGGUUAAACACCCUUUAUCUCCAGGCUAUCUCAAUCUCUUGAGGUUCUUAAGAAACAAUUCCCUCAAAGGUUCAAUCACAGAAGACAUAUCAACUCUCACAAGUCUCAAGGUCUUAGAUCUCUUUGAGAACAGCCUCGAUGGAAAUCUUGGCAAUCUCACAGGCAUGGUAGAAUCUCCCACGAGCUCAUCUUCAAUUGUUUCUAGCUUCAUUUCCGAAAUAACCGACUUAUCAGAGACCGAAUCACAAGACUUGGAAGUGAUUUGGAAGAGAGUAAAGCAAGUUAUUUCCAACAGAAACUUUUACCUCUACACUGUCUUAGACCUCUCCAAGAACAAGCUACGCGGAGAAAUCCCAACUUCUUUAGGCAAUCUCAAGAGCCUGAAGCUUUUGAACCUCUCACACAACGACAUCUCUGGAUCGAUCCCACAAAGUUUUGGAGGUCUCGAGAAGCUAGAGAUCUUAGACGUUUCGUACAACAACCUCUCGGGAAAAAUCCCGCAAACGUUGUCCAGGCUCAGCGAGCUGGAUGUUUUGGAUUUGAGCAACAACAAUCUUUCAGUAUCAUGCUCCACAACACGGACAGAGCAGCAGCCAAAAGAAGAAGAUGACGAGGAGAAAGAAGCAACAGUUCCAUGGGAAGCUGUAGUCAUAGUUGGCUGUUUCAGAGAUUCAACACCACGGCGAUCUCCAAAGAACAGAGGAUUCAAGGACAAAGUGAUCCAGUUACCAAUUCCGCAUGAGGAGAUGACCACUGAAAAAUGA